AUGUUUAAAAGGAGAGAACCAGUGCAAAGCAAAGUUUUCAGGUCCAUGCAAAAUGUUGACAUACGAGAACUGAGCUCUUGCAGUGAAUCAGACUUGCGACCAGUUUUGCCAAGUUUGGUUCGGAUGGCAUUAUGUGCUCCAUUAGAUAUGGGAGAUGAAUGGACUCAAGAUAGGAAAGAGAUUUCAAAAAUAUUAUCUGGUUUAGAAAUUGUUAACAAUAUUGUCACAUUACUCUCAAUAGACUUUCAUGCUUUGGAACAAGAUGUUAAAAAGGAACAACAAUUACGAUCUAAAAUUGGAAGUAGUAUUACUGACAGUGUUCUGAUAUCAAAUUUACAACAUGGUCUAGUUUUAGAAUUUGAGAGAAGUGAUCCUGCAAGACGAAUUCGACUUUUAUUAAGUGAAUUAUUAUUUGUCAUGUCAGAGAUUAAAGAUCAGAAAAAUCCUAAUUAUGAAAAAACGUGUGAGUUAUUUGAAAGUGAAGUUUAUCUAGAAGAAGUAUCAGAUAUAUUGUCAAUAGCACAAGCAGAAUUACCUAACUUACUUCCAUUACCUGAUAUAGCAGAAGCUUUAUUGUGUCUAAAGAAUGGUUCCUGGUUGUUAUGUCAGCUAUUGGCCAAUUCACCAGAAGCUUUCAAAUCAGUAUGUUAUAGUUUGAUAAGUCAUGGGGAAAGACAAGACGAAGAAAGUAUUGGAGGUAUAAGGAGAUUAGAAAUGUUACAAAUGUUAUGUGCCAUGAAUCCACAGGAAACACUCAAUAUUAGAACAUUAUGUGUAGAGAAUUGUACAAUGCCUGGUUUAGCUAUAGCCCUGUCUCUACAGAUGUCUGCCCCACUAGCUGUUAAUGCUCCAGCUAAAGAUGAUGCUGUCUUUUUUGUUAGUUCUCUGUUACUUGGAGAUGAUGCAGUCACUAGGACAUGGCUCUCACAGUUUGUUAAAGCUGGACAAAAGAGGAAAGGCGAUCCAGCUAAAUCUAUGUUACAUAUACUGCGUGAAUACUUGUUGGAUCAACUAAGACUAGUAACUCCACCUAUGGGACAACCCAUGUCCAGUAAUCAUGUGGUAUAUUCUGUUACAUUGUUGAGGCUUUAUUGUGCUCUUAAAAAUAUGGCUAACUUAAAAUUUAAUGAUGAUGAAACUAAAGCUUUAUUAGAUGUGAUGACAUCUCGGCCACCACCAACCAGUUCAGGAGCUCAGUUUAUAUCAGUAUCAUUAUGUAUGUUAAUAGCUUCACCAUUACUAUUAUCACAGGGUGGAUUGGAAUUGGAACAUGAAGUUGUAGAAUGGAUUUCAUGGCUAUUGACAGCAGAAAGUAUAUUUGAUAAAAAUACAGGAAAUGGAAAAUCAUUUGGUGAAAUGUUGUUUUUGAUAGCUCUCCAUUUUCAUAAUAAUCAGACAUCUUCUAUUAGUGAAUUAGUUUGUAAUACAUUGGGUAUGAAGUGUCAAGUAAAAGCAAAUGCUUUGUCUCGAAUACGCCAUAUUUUUACUCAAGAAAUAUUUACUGAACAGGUAAUAGCAUCUCAUGCUAUAAGUAUACCAGUUACUGAGAGUUUAAAUGGAGAUAUGGCUGGUUAUUUACCUAUACAUAUUAUAUUCCAACUUUUAAAAAGUCGUGUAUUUUCUAGAUAUAAAGUUCCAAUCAAGGAUUGGAUUUAUAAACAAAUGUGUAGUAGUUGUUUACCAUUACACCCUCUCCUACCUCUAUUAAUAGAGUCCUACGUGAAUUCUAUUAUUGUUAAAGGCAUCAAAUCAGACAAUGUAAAUCAAGCUAUCAGCGAAAAGGAAUUAUUAGAAGUAUUUGAUGCUCCUGCUAAUAGAAAAGAUAUCAGUGGACGACAGUCUCCUACUAUUAUACUAUCAGAGAAAAAAGAUGUCGGCUGUCAAAUACUUGUUUUAUAUUAUUUGUUGUUGUUUGAAGAUACUUUAUUAAAUAAUAUGAAAUCUAUAGUUAUGACUCAGCGUAAUUUAUCAAGUUAUUCUGAAUCUAUCAUGUCUAUUAUACCUAUUAACUUCUUGGUACAAGUAGCUCAAGAAAAACAAACACAAUGUGCUGGUAUCUUUCCCUCACUCAUCAGAUUACUAGCAACACAUUAUCCUCAUUUAUGUCUUGUUGAUGAUUGGCUGGCUGACAGUUUAAAAACAACCAAUCAGAUUGCUAGAAUGUAUAAUACUAUAAAUAAACAACAAGUCACACCUGCUACAUUUAAACAAGCUGUUCAACAGUUACCAGGAACACCUAGUGUUGUAAUGUUACAAUUACAAGAAUUACUAGUAUAUGAACCAUCUCAAGUUUUACCAUUUGCUGAAGUUAUUGUUACCAGUUUAAAGAUUAUGUUAUUACCAUCUACUCCACGACGUAUUAUUGAUCUAGUCAACAGAGUCUGGUUUAAAAUACAUAAAAUAUCACCUCGAAGUUUACGAUUGUCAACAAUAAAUAAUUUACAAGAAUCAAGUCAAACCAUUAAACCAGCUCCCUAUACAGAACAUGAUGUUAUAACUGAUCCAUUGGUUGUUUUACGUUGUGAUCAGAGAGUGUUUAGAUGUCCUCCAAUAUUAGAAAUCAUUCUGAGAAUUCUAGAAGCUUAUUCUAAUGCUUGUAAAACUUAUCUAGCCAAUCAUAUUCAGGCAUAUCCUGUCAUAGAUAAUGCUAGCCAAUCAGAACAUGAGAGAAGAGAUUUGAAAAAUGCUUUGAUAGAAGCUCAAGAAAGUGCUGCCUUACAGAUUUUAUUAGAAAGCUGUUUACCCUCCAAAUUUGAAAAGGUAAUCAGGGAAAUCAAGCCUUAUAUGUUAGACAGUGUGGUUAAUUCAAAAGAAUGGUGGUUGUGGGUUCUUAUCUCUGAAGAACCAGGAGAAUUAAGUAAUGUUAGAGAAAUACAGUGUUUGAUAUGUCAAUAUCUACAUCAAGCUUUUAUAGCUGAUCCUAAUCUAGCUAAACUAGUCCAUUUUCAGGGAUAUCCAGCUGAACUGAUACCAUUAGCUGUAUCUGGUAUACCUUCAAUGCAUAUCUGUCUUGAUUUCAUACCAGAAUUAUUUGCUCAACCACAAACAGAAAAACAGAUAUUUGGUAUCCAGUUGUUAUCACAGUUAUGUAGACAAUAUGCUUUACCUAAAUCAUUAGGUGUAGCUAAAUUAGCUAUCAAUAUAAUGUUCUCUUUAUUAUCAGUGCUAGAUACAGAUGAAAGAAUCAGAUUUUAUUUAUUAACAGUUCCAUGUUUGAUUGACAUGUGUCAAUCAUUUCCUCCAUUAUGUGAUGAUGUCACUUCCUUGUUAACUCAGAUAGGGCGUGUUUGUUUCUCUCAGUUAUCAGUUACCAGUAAUUUAAUGAUAUCAGGUAAGACAUUCACCCAGCACUCAAGUAUGUUGUAA